CUUUUUUAAACAGCCGAGCCUUCUUCUGAAAUUCGACACUGCCUCACAAGGGCAGAAGGUUGCUACGACAAGCGGGACUACCUAUUUCCCCGCCCUUUAGUGGCGGAGCAGACAUACACAGAAGGAACCAAUAAGCGAAGCAAGCCGUGACUGGUUAGUGCCGCUGUCGCCUCCUCGACUUGCUUUCUUGCUCGGCUGCCCGGCUGCCAUGGAGGAGCCUGCGAAGGGAGCGACAGCGAGCGCGCCUCUUCGGCUGGGAGUUCUGCUGCGGCACCUCAUUCCCUUUCGGCCGGCAGGUCUGGCCGCUGCCGCCGCGCUCACACCGUUUCCUACGUCAACCCAAACAGCUACUGUAAAAUACCCAAUUCAAUACCGUUACACCUUGGAUAAUAAUCUUCUAAGCACAGAGCAAAGGUGUUUCUAUGAGGAGAAUGGGUAUCUUGUCAUAAAAAAUCUGGUCUCUGAUGAGGACAUUGAACGUUUCAGAAAUGAGUUCAUAAAGAUCUGCAGAAAGGAGGUGAAGGUCCCUGGUCUGAUGAUCAUGAGAGAUGUGUUAAUUGCCAAGUCAGAGUUUAUUCCAGAUCAGAAAGCAGUUUCAAAAAUACAGGAUUUUCAGGAAGAUGAAGAGCUCUUCAGUUAUUGCACAUUGCCUCAGAUAAUAAAAUAUGUCGAAUGCUUCACAGGACCAAACAUCAUGGCUAUGCAUACCAUGUUGAUAAAUAAGCCUCCAGAUCCUGGAAGGAAGUCCUCUCGCCACCCAAUGCAUCAGGAUUUGCAUUAUUUUCCAUUCCGGCCUGCAGAUCGCAUUGUUUGUGCCUGGACUGCCAUGGAGAGGAUUGACCGCAGAAAUGGAUGCCUGGUAGUUCUGCCAGGAACUCAUAAUGGGUCUCUGAAACAGCAUGAUUAUCCUGAGUGGGAGGGUGGUGUAAACAAGAUGUACCAUGGUGUGCGUGAUUAUGAUAAAAGUAUGCCCAGGGUCCACCUUACUAUGGAAAAAGGAGACACAGUGUUUUUCCAUCCCUUGCUAAUCCAUGGCUCUGGAACAAACAGGACUGAAGGGUUUCGAAAGGCAAUUUCUUGUCAUUACGCAAGUUGUGACUGCCACUAUACUGAUGUGAAAGGCACUAUGCAAGAGAACAUUGAAAAAGAAGUAGUGGAAAUUGCAAGAACCAAAUAUGGUAUAAACUCACCUCUCACCCUAAAGGACGUUUGGAUGUUUCGAAGUCGUCUUGUUAAAGGAGAGAGAAUAAAUCUUUAGAAUUCUACCCAGAUGCCAAGACUUAGAAAAUGAUGUGCUGGUUUCUUGAACUGCCUGAGAGAAACUGUGAUCCCUUGCUCAAAAGUGUUCAGAAAUGUUUAUCAUGUUGAUUUUUUUCAAUUAUUAUGCAGUAAAAUAAUUUUGAAGUGUAUUCACAUUUAAAAAUGAAUGUUGAGGCUGAAAUUCUAGGCACACCUACUUGGACACAAACGCCGUUCCAUUAAACAUUACUUCUGAGUAAACAAUAUGCUUAAAUUCACACAGAGAGCCAGUCUGGUGUAGUGGUUAAGGUAUUGGACUAUGACCUAGGAGAACAGGGUUCGAAUUCUUACACAGCCAUGAAGUUCACUGGGUGACCU